AGCUUUUUUUUUAACGCCCUGCCAAUUUUACAUUCUGUUGAUAGUGCAGUAAGGAGUUUAUUUGUGAACAAGUUAGCCAAACUAUUAUAUAAAAAGAAUGAAUUUAUUUCUGAUAUUCUGCUAAUAAGCCAAACCUAAAUAUCGGAAGUAAAUGAUUUUGACGUUUGUGUGAUUUUUAAAUGUUUUUUUCUACUCGGAUUUAGACUUCAAAGUUGUCCACAUACACAUUUUGUGAAUCCUUGAGACAACCAUGGUGACUCUAAAUGUAAAUGGAACCUGGUACACAGUUGGCAGCGAGUACCCUCUUUCUUCCACGCUGCUGGACUUCCUCAGAAAAGAGAGGAUAUCCACUGGGACCAAGAGCUGCUGCGAUGAAGGAGGAUGUGGUGUAUGUGUGGUCAAUAUCACAAUGUUAGAUCCGCUGACCAACAGCCCACGAGCAUACAGUGCUGUCUCUUGCUGCUUGCUGCUUAAAUCAUGUGAUGGCAUGUCUAUUACAACAAUUGAAGGUCUGGGCAACACUAGAGAUGGUCUCCACCCAAUCCAGGAGAGGCUCGCCAUCUAUGACGGCGCCCAGUGUGGAUUUUGUUCACCUGCACAGGUGAUGAAUAUGUAUAGCUUACUUAAAAGUAAUAGUCAACCAAGCAUGAAAGAAAUAGAAGAUGCUUUUGAUGCUACGCUUUGCCGAUGUACAGGUUACAGGUCAAUCAUGGAUGCAAUGAAAUCUUUCGCCGUGGACGCGCACGACACUCUAAAAGGUGGACCUAUUGAUAUUGAGGAUGUGCCAACUCAAAUAUGCAAAUCAACGGGGAAAGCAUGCCAUGGCCACUGCAGCCAGAACAAAAAGUCCUGUGUCGCCAAGGAGGAUAACUUAUGCUGGCUGCAACCUGCUUCUUUGGCAGAGUUAUGUACCUUACUAGAUCAACAUUCUCAUCAGAAAUACUGGCUUGUGUUUGGAAACACUGCCUUUGGAGUUCAUAAAGACCUGGAUCCUUCCAAUUAUGAAGUGCUGAUAAAUCUUCGGCAGGUGAAAGAGUUCUAUCAACUGAAUUUAAGUCAGCCUGACCAUAUCACGCUUGGCGCCAAUUUAACAUUGACUUGCCUGAAGUCUCUAUUUGAGCAAACCACAGACCAAGGCCUGCCAUACGCCAAGAUGUUUGCCAGCCAUAUUAAGCGCGUGUCUUCAACUGGAAUUAGAAACAUUGCCUGUUGGGCUGGUAAUCUCAUGCUGAAACACGCAAAGAGAGACUUCCCUUCAGACAUUUGUCUGCUUUUGGAGACAGUGGACGCCAAACUCUCUAUUGCUUCCAAAAACGGUGAAGUUAAAUUGUACACCCUUCAAGAAUUUCUGGCUAAAGAUAUGGCAGGUCAUGUCAUCGUGUCUGCCCAGUUGCCCAAGUAUAAAGCUGGAAACUAUGUCAUACGAACACUUAGGACGGCUUACAGAUAUCAGCAAUGUCAAGCCCACAUUGCGACUGGAUUCAAAUUUGAGAUAGAUAAGAAGAGAGAGUUCCUUGUUCUUAACAAACCUUCUAUUGUGAUACAGGGAAUCAGUUCAGACUUAUUUCAUGCACAUAGAACGGAGACAUUUCUGGACAAAAAGAAACUCGGUAACGCCAAUGUCAUACAAGAAGCUUUCAACAUUUUGUCACAGGAGUUAAACAUUUGCAGUAAUGGACCACUUUUUGCCAGUCGAGAAUAUCGCCAAAGUCUUGCGCUAAGUCAUUUCUACAAGUUUUUGAUCGGUGUGUGUGUCGGCCUGACAAGACCCAGAUACACUAGUGGGGCCACGGAAGUGGACAGACCUGUAAUGUCAGGGUCACAGGACUAUGGAGUGGUGGACAUGGCCCGGGCACCAGCUAAUCAGCCUAUGAUGAAAGUCACGGCAAAACACUUGACCACAGGUGAAAUCAAAUUUCUGGAUGAUCAGCCUGACUUACCAGGCAUGUUGUACGCAGCGGUUGUCCUAAGUGAAGUGGGUAAUGCAAGUAUAAAAAACAUAGAAACAUCCAGAGCCUUGGCUUUACCUGGUGUGGUUAAAGUUCUGCAGGCAGGAGAUAUACCUGGACAAAACAACUGGAGAGUGAAGAGUUGGUAUGGUGGUCAAAUUUCAGAGCUCUUAAGUUCUGGUAAAGUGGAAUAUGCUGGUCAGCCUAUUGGUCUUGUGAUAGCAGAGAAUCCUAAAACAGCUCUGAAGGCUGCUCAGGCUGUUCAUAUAACAUAUACAGAUGUCAAACCUGUCAUUGUAAGUCUUAAGGAUGCCAUCAAGGCUGAGUCGUUCUUUCCUAAACUAGAUCCAGUGACUAGGGGUGAUGCACAAGGUGUCAUGUCCAAAGCUCCACACAGAGUAAAGGGCAAUACAAGUACAGGUGAACAAUACCACUUUCAUCUAGAGAACCAGACUUCUGUUUGUGCACCUACAGACACUGGGGGUGUAGACAUCCAAUCUACGUCACAGUGGAUCGACUUCACUCAGGAGGUGGUCUCCCAGGUCUUGGGCAUCAGUGACUGCAAUGUUAAUGUUGAGACUCAAAGGCUAGGUGGUGGAUUUGGUGGCAAAAUUUGGUACAAUGGUCCAGUGGCUGGAAUGUGUGCAUUAGCUGCUCAUAAUUUAAGAAGACCAGUCAAACUUCACAUGGACCUCGCCACUAAUAUGCAGUAUCAAGGCUGCAGAAUGGGAUACUUCUAUGAUUAUGAAGUUGGAUUUGAUAAUGAUGGCAAGGUCUUGGCUGUAAUUGUCACAGCUUAUUGUGACUGUGGAAGUGAUUUCUUUGCCUUGGAUUUAAAUGAACAUGUGUUUAAUUGGUUAGAAAAUGCUUAUUUUAUUCCUAACAUUUCCUGGACUGUUCAGCCUUGCAAGACACACAAACCCGUUAGUACAGCAAUGAGGGCACCAGGAUCUGCUACAUCCAUUUUUGCAAUAGAAUCAAUUUUAGAUCAUAUGGCGACUUACCUCAACAAAGACCAUCUAGAAAUUAGAAAAAUGAAUUUAUUUCAACCAGGACAGGUCACGCUGUCUGGUAUGGUUCUAGAACAAUGUCUCAUUGGUGACAUGGUGAAACAGAUGGAGAAAGACAUUGGCUAUGUACAGAGAAUGCAGUCUGUCGAAGAAUUCAACAAAAACAAUCGAUGGAAGAAGAGAGGGCUUCAUGUCAUGCCUAGUAGAUACGCCCUUGUGUACACCUGGCUGUGCUUCAACACCAGUGUCAUUAUAUACCACGCAGAUGGCAGUGUGGUCAUUGCGCAUGGUGCCAUAGACAUGGGGCAAGGAAUUGAUACUAAGGCAAUACAAACAUGUGCCCACAAAUUUGGAAUCUCUGUCGAUAAGAUCAAGGUAGUAAAGAAAUCAACAACCAUCAAUGCAAACUCACAUUUCACUGGAGGAUCUGUUUGCUCAGAACUUAUAUGUCUGGCAGUCAUCAAAAGCUGUGAAACAUUACUAGAACGACUUGCUCCUAUAAGAAAAAAGCUGAACAAUCCACCAUGGAAUGAACUUAUUGCUGGGGCUUAUGCAGGAGGUAUCAACUUGACUGCCCAAUAUUGGCCAUCAGAUAAUGAGAAGAUCCCAGCUUACAAUGCUUACAGUGUUUGCUGCUCAGAAGUAGAGUUGGAUGUUCUCACAGGAGAAUACAACAUAGUCCAAGUUGAUUACCUUUAUGACUGUGGUACAAGUCUCAACCCAGAGCUGGACAUGGGACAACUUGAAGGAGCAUUCAACAUGGGCUGUGGGCUAUUCUUGUUGGAAAGCAUGAAGUAUGAUCCAAAGACUGGCAAGGCGCUUUCUGAUGGAACUUGGAAUUACAAAGUCCCUAUGAGUAGAGACCUACCAACCAGGUUUAAUGUCAAGUUUCUAAGAAAUGCUCCAAACCCUAUAGGAGUAUUAGGUUCCAAAGCUGUUGGUGAGACACCUGUAGCACAAGGCUCAUGUCCACUAUUUGCUCUGAAAAGAGCAUUGGAGGCUGCAAGAAGUGAGACAGGACAACAAGGAUGGUUCCCUAUUUAUGCACCUUUAACAGUGGAAAAACUACAAAAGUCUUGUUUAAAUGAUUACAGGCAUUUUAUUUUAUAAAAUCUUAUUAUUCAAAACGUUACACACUUACUUGAUAGCUGAAAAAUAUACAAUAUUUUACUGUAUGUAUUAUACACACAUAUAUAUAUAUAUCAUUACCUGCAUACAUUCAUAUUAUAUAUAUAGAAAUAUAUUUUAUAA